GAAGUAUCUGCUGUGUCGCUUUAAUUACAGCAGGCAGUGCUGUUGGUCCAUGUGGGAGCGCACGGCGCACGGUGCGGCGCUGCCUCCCUGCAGCAUGAAGCUGUCUGCUCACCGGACAGCCGACAAAAAAGAAGAAAAAAAAAGACAGGUCGACCCACCGCUUAAAUCGCAUUCAAGCGUCGACUUAAACAGAUUACAGCAGUGAUUGUAAGAGGAAGGAGUCGGAGCCAGCGCUGGGAGCCAUUAACACUUCUCCUUGCCUCUCCGAGCGACACAUAGAAGCGUGCAGCGGGUUAUUCGCGGUGUAUAGUGGACUGAAGCUCAAUGCAGAACCAGCAGAGAGGUACGAGCUAACGGGAUCCACCAACUAACCUCUGCAGUCUGCGGACGGAAGCACGGCAGACACAUGAGUUGUUUAUUCUGGAGGUGAAACAUUAUGACCGAACCUGACUGAUGACCAUCCUCAGCUGAGUUCCUUCCUGCAUGAACAGCCACACCAUCUGCUGAGGCUUCACCCAGUCUCAAGGCUGAGGUGCGCAUGUUCAUCUUUACUGCAGACCGUGAGUCAUACCCUCUUCUGUCCGAAGCGUCUUGGUAAAUAGCUGGCCUCACAAAGCCCAGGAUCUCGGCUCAGCUGGUAAAUAAAGCCCUCUUCUCUCCACGCAGCGUGGGAGAAAGUGCCGCUGCUGUGGCAUCUCAGUGAGGCUGAUAGCUGGAGUGAAAGCAGCGUUGAGAGAUCAUUUUUCAGUGCAAGCCACUCACCUUUCAUUGCCAUGGCCCUGUAAGCCGGCUGUGAGGGCCAGGCUGCUGGUGGGAACGGACUUGGACUCUCACGUGGAAGCAUUCUGCAGAGAGGCGCGGUGCACCCAUGCAGAGCAUCUCCCUCAUGAGGCUGGCGGCUCAUACAUGAGCGAGGAGUCAUGUGAUUGCUUGGAUGACCUUCCUAUGAGAUUAAGACACUUUGACAGACUUUUUUCCCCCCUGAAUGCCCAGUGGGUCUGUACGGAGGGAGUGGAGUGAGAGCUGGUAUUGAUUCCUCUGCUUUAUGAGUUUUCCUCACUGUGAGAGUGUAUCUGAGAGGCAGAGGGAGCCAGCAUGGCCAAGCCUCUCCUGAGGAUACAGCGAUACUUCUGCAGAAAACCCGUCCGCUUCUUCUCCCUCAUCCUGCUUUACCUGACUGCAGGGAGCCUUGUCUUCCUGCACUCCGGCUUCGUCGGGGACAGUGGUCCCGGUGCCCGUGGGGGCCGCGACUCUGUCGUGGCUUCAGAGGCGGGUGGCCGGGCUUCGUCAUCAGACACUCGGGGGCUUGGUAUCAUGAGCAGGGUGUUCAAGGAGACACGCAGAUCCGGUCGGAGGUUUGGACCUCGUUGGAUGAGGAAGAGCGGACAGGGGGGCUACAAAAUGGCAGGAAGAGGGGGAGACUACACCAGCAGCUGGAAUCGAGCUCUUAAAGGACGCAAUGCCAAAGAUGUAGAAGAUGGAAGAGCAAAGUACAUUGGCUGCUACGUUGAUGACACUCAGAAAAGAGCCCUGAGAGGAGUGUCUUUUUUCGACUACAAAAAAAUGACUGUAUUUCGUUGCCAGGACAACUGUGCUGAAAGAGGGUACAUGUAUGCAGGAUUGGAGUUUGGCGCAGAGUGCUUCUGCGGGCACAAGAUCCAGGCGCCCAACGCUUCAGAGAGCGAAUGCAAUAUGGAGUGUAAGGGAGAGAGGAGCAACACGUGUGGAGGAGCCAACAGACUGUCCAUCUAUAGGCUGGAGCUGAGCCAGGAGUCGGCCCGCCGCUAUGGCAGUGCCAUUUUCAAGGGCUGUUUUCACCGGCCAGACAAUGUCACAGCAGCUCUUCCCUUCAGCGCUGUCAUCCAAAACAUGUCUGUCGACAAGUGUGUGGACAUGUGCACAGAGAGGGAGAAAUCGCUGGCAGCUCUGGCUGGAGAGCAAUGUUACUGCGGCUUCCCGACUCCUCUCUUCUCCCUUCAUGAGCUGGAGGACGAGGAGAUGUGUCUCUACCGGUGCCCCGGAGAGGAGUUUGAGAGCUGUGGAAAUGACAAGUUCUUUGUUGUGUACCAGACACAGGUUCAAGAUAAUCGCUGCAUGGACCGACACUUCCUUUCUGCUCGCACUAAGCACCUGGUGGCGCUCGCCAGUUUCCCAGGAGCCGGCAACACCUGGGCUCGCCACCUCAUAGAGCUCGCCACCGGCUUCUAUACGGGCAGCUACUACUUUGACGGUUCCCUUUAUAACAAAGGUUUUAAAGGGGAGCGCGACCACUGGCGGAGCGGGAGGACGAUCUGCAUUAAGACGCAUGAGAGCGGCAAGAAGGAGAUUGAAGCCUUUGAUUCGAGCAUCCUCAUGAUCCGAAACCCCUACAAAGCCUUGAUGGCAGAAUUUAACCGUAAAUAUGGCGGGCAUAUUGGGUUUGCCUCGCAGGCCCACUGGAGGGGAAAAGAGUGGCCUGAGUUUGUGAAGAACUACGCCCCUUGGUGGGCUUCUCACACCUUGGACUGGCUGACGUACGGGAAGAACGUCCAUGUGGUUCAUUUUGAGGAGCUGAAGAGGGACCUUUUCUCCCACCUCAAGGCGAUGGUCCAGUUUCUGGGCUUGAAAGUCUCAGAGGACCGGCUGCUCUGCGUCGAGGGCCAGAAGGACGGAAACUUCAAGCGAUCGGGACUGCGGAAACUCGAGUACGACCCGUAUACUGCAGAUAUGCGUGUGAACAUUGACGAGCUGAUCAGGACCGUAGACGCUGCUCUGAAGAAAAGGAACAUGUCUGGAGUUCCUGCAGAAUAUAUGCCAAGAUGAUAAAUGUGAAUCGUUUUUAGUUUCUUUUCCCUCCUAUUAAGUGGACGUCUCUAUUAACAGACUCUGAAACAUGUUUUGUUUUUUUUUCUUGGAUCGCAAGGCUUAAAUAGAUUUUUUUCAAGACAUUUUGUGGAUUAGGUGGAGAUGACACAUCUGCUUCUAUAUUUAUUGUUUCUGAUCCCCUGUUUUUGAUUUCCAGUUGAUUUUUUUUUUGCAAGAGUUGUUAAUUCAAACCUAUUUCUUUUUUUCUGGGGAAUAUUUGUGUUUUCCUGUAUGGAAGCCACUUUGUUCCCUGUUCUAUGCACAUGUGCUCUGUAGGCAUGUGCACAUGCCUUAAUACUAAGAAGCUGCACUGUGUGACCACAGUGCAGCUUCUCUUCCCAGCUGUUUCCCGAUGCUGAUGUGUUUCCAGCAGCAUUUAGCACAAGUUAUGAAAAACAGUAUUGCAAGGUGUAUUAAAAAGCCUCAUUUGUACAAAUCAAGUAUUAAAAGAUAAUCAAUAUUUUUGGUUGCUCUUACACUAAAAACUCAGAAAUCUAGUCUGUUAAUCUGAGAAAAAUAUUGUUUAGAGAAUGAUGACAACAUGUCAUCUCUGUUUCACCUUGAACUAUUCAAGAACAUUUUAUUUGCUUUUAAAGUAGAUCUGGGGUUUCUUUUCAUUGAUUACAUGUCCUCUAUAUUUAUUUAUUUCUGGUGUACGCUGCACAAGCUGAAAACAUUGAUUUUUGAUUUUUUUUUUCUGAACACUGGAUGCAAGAAAGGAAAUCCAAAUAGCACUACAGUACACUGUGCAACACCUGCCCCAAAGAUCACCUAAGUUAUUACAGUCACCCUUUAGGUUGGAGAUCAUCCUUACAUGUAAAAGUAGGGUUUUUAUUUUGUUUUUUAAGGAAAGCUCUUAAAGCUGAUUUUCAUGUUAUUACAUUUUUUAAAAACAAAUCUAGAAAAUUAGUUCUCAGCUAGACAUCAAUAAAUUAUUUGCCAUAUGUAUACAAAUAAAUAUUAACAAGAAUCAAAUGAAGAACACUGGCUACUGACUAAUAGUCAAAAGACUUUACCUGACUUCCAUUUUCAGUAUAUGACUAUAUUUUUAUAGUACAGGAUGAUGACACUUCAGAAAUAUUUGUAUUACUAUGAACAAAUGGGAGAAGCUGUUUCUCUUUUCAUGCUUUAAAUUGUUUUUGGGUUUGGCUUUCAUUGACAAGCUGGCACUUUCAGAGCAGUUGUCAUGUCUGAAUGUAUUUUCUAUUAACUGAAUGUAAGAUAAGAACACAGAAUAAAGGAGUAAAUUAAAUAAACAGUGAA